CCCUGCGCUUGCGUGGACAAGUACGCGCACCAAUUUGCCGACUGCGCCUACAAGGACCUCCAAGUGGUGCCCACGGGUCUGCCCUCCAACGUGACCACCCUCAGCCUCUCGGCCAACAAGAUCACCUCACUGCAGCGGCGUUCCUUCGUGGAGGUGACCCAGGUCACCUCCCUCUGGUUGGCACACAACGAGAUCCGCUCCAUUGAGCCCGGUGCCUUCGCCAUCCUGGUGCAGCUGAAAAACCUCGACAUCAGCCACAACCAGAUUGUGGACUUCCCCUGGCAGGACCUCUACAACCUCAGCGCUCUCCAGCUGCUCAAGAUGAACAAUAACCACAUGGCUCUGGUGCCUCAGGGAGCUUUCCACACUCUCAAAGACCUCCGCUCCCUCCGCAUCAACAACAACAAGUUCACCACCCUUGCCGAGGGCAUCUUUGACUCGCUCAGUUCCCUCUCCCACCUGCAGAUCUACAACAACCCCUUUGAGUGCUCCUGCAAGCUCCAGUGGUUGAAGAAGUGGAUGGACAGUACACUCAUCUCCAUCCCUGAGAAGGACUCCAUCACUUGUGCCCUCCCAGAGCAGCUCCAAGGAGUGCCGGUGGGGAAGAUCCCGGAUGUGCAGUGUGCCUCACCCACCGUGCAGCUCACCUAUUACCCUAACCUGGACACCACGGAGCUCUUUGAUGGCUUCACCCUGACACUGCACUGUGCUGUGACGGGCACGCCACCACCCGAAGUGAGCUGGAAGAUCCGCACCUCCAGCCAGACCCUGGAGCUCAAUGGGAACCCAAAGGAGACCGCUGGGAAGGACCUGCCCAAACAGGACCCUGAGCGCUUCUUGGUCUUCAAGAAUGGCACAUUGGUGAUUCCCCACCUGAGCAAGCGGGAGGAAGGCACCUACACGUGCCUGGCCACCAACGAAAUGGGGAGCAACCAGACCUCAGUCAAUGUGGCUGUGGCAGGCACCCAGAAAUACCCACUGCAGCCUGGGAGGGACCCACUGGGGGGUAAAGCACAGCCAGGUGACAAGAAGCCUGGAGCCAAGGGAGCAAAGAAUAGUGUGCUUAUGCCAGAUGAGAGGAACAAACCCCUCGGUCCCACCCGGCAGAGCCAACCAUCCUUGGCAGCUGGGACGGAGUCCACAGGAGGUGGGAAAAUCCCUUUCCAGCCCCCAUCCUUUGAGAAGAAGUGUGGCUCCACACAAACCAGCAAGUACAUCUCCAACCAUGCCUUCAACCAGAGUGGCGACUUCAAGCAGCACACAUUUGACCUGGGGGUGAUCGCUCUGGAUGUGUCGGAGCGCAAUGCCCGGGUGCAGCUCACACCCACCUACAUGCAGCCUGAGAAGGUCCACCUCAGGAUGCUCUACCUGUGCCAGGAGAGCAGGCAAGGCCAUGCCUUGGUCCAGUGGUCCAAGAUUGAGGAAGGGGUGAACUCGUACUGGUUCCAGGGCUUGAACCCUGGCACCAACUACUCCGUGUGUCUCACCUACCUCGGGGAGGACUGCCAGGUCCAAGUGGUCUUCACCACCAAAAAAGAGAUCCCCUCGCUCAUCAUCAUUGUGGUGGUGAGCAUCUUCUUGCUGGUGCUGGCCACCUUACCCCUGAUGGGGGCCACGUGGUGCCACCUCCUCUCCAAGUACCAAGGGAAGACCUACAAGCUCAUCAUGAAGGCCCAGAACCCAGACCAGAUGGAGAAGCACAUGGCUGCUGACUUUGACCCCCGUGUCUCCUACCUGGAGUCAGAGAAGAACUACAAUCCCAGCGAGGUAGGGGAAGCAGAGGUGGAGGAAGAAGAGGAGGAGGAGGAUGAAGGAGGCAGGUGGAGGAGGAGGAGAGAAGCCGAAGCAGCUGCAGAGCUGGAGCGAGAGGAGAGCGUGGCAGCCAGCUCCAUGGCGGAG